AUGACUGAUGCACACCCUUUUAUGGCUUGUAAGUUUGAUGCGAUAUACAACGUCGGCGACUCCAUGUCUAACACCGACAAUUUGGUUCGCGAGAACUCGGCUUUACCCUUUGCUCGACUUCCAUACAGCAAGACCUUAUUCAAAAACGCAACAGGACGGUGCUCCAAUGGUUUACUUAUGAUUGAUUAUAUAGCUUUGGUGGCUGGAGUUCCUUUUCUUCAUCCUUAUUUGAAUAAGGAUGUGCUCUUUCUACCUUGCCUAGGAGAGAACUUUGUUGUGGCUGCUUGUCUCAACGACCAAGAUUGUGUCAAGAAGCGUAACAAAGCCUUAUUCAUGGUGAGAGAAAUUGGAGGUAAGGAUUAUAACUAUGCAUUCUUCCAAGGCAAACCCGUUGAUGAGAUCAAGGCCAUGGUUCUAGAAGUUGUCCAAACGAUAAAGGAAAAUAUAUCAUUGUUUGAAUGA